AUGUUAGCUCUUCCCAAAGCUAACUCUGAGACAGAUCAUGGAUGUUCAGUGCCAAACAUAGAUCUCCAAAAGUGUUUGAACCAAAGCAAGAAUUCCUUGUCCAUAGAAGAUAGUUGCUGUAGAGCCCUAAAUCAGAUAGCUGAAGAUGGGUUCAAGUGCUUGUGCUCUCUUAUAACAGCAACACCAAUUACUCUUGUUGGUCCUCCUCUUUCUCUGCCAUUUUUAAACUGCUUCAUCUCAAUUCCUCCCCUCAGUCUUUGUCCAGCUUCAUUGGCUCCAAUGGCAGUGUUGGUUGCACCAGAAAGCCAAGAGGAGCAAAAUCAGUUGUCUUCUCCCGCAGAUGCGGAUGUUGUGGUUUCUCAUCCUCCUCCAACUAAUUUGACUGUGGAUGAUGAUGGUGGUGGUGGUGGUG